AUGGGGAGCUCGAACUCCACAAUCCAAAACUACAAAUCAUCUAAUAAUUUUUCUCUAAAUUCAAAAACUUGUUAUGGGUACCCAAUAGGGCUCGAAUUUGGUGGUAAUUUGGAGUUUAAUUUUGGUUUCAGAAUGAGGAAUAGAGUGAGGGCAUUGAAGAAUGGUGAUGAGGGGAAUUGGUGGAAUUUUCCGACGGUGAAUGUUAUGAACAUUUCACCGCUAGUGGCGGCAACAAUACUGGCUUCGGGAAAGGUAAAGAAAGCUCCGGUGGAAAAGAAGUACAAGAAAAUGGAGGAAUUGAUGAAGAGGUUGGAAUCAGAAUUAGAGCAGGGGAAUUUGAAUCAAGGAGAGGAGAAUUCAAGUCCUGAAAUUGGGUCCAGAUUGCUAUUGAAAUUGAAUUACGAAGAGAUGAUGAAACCUACAAAUCAUACCUGCAGAUCAGUUUUCGGUAAGAUAAGGGAGAACUGGAUAAUAUAG